AUGAGAUUCCACUGAGUGGCUUCCACCUACUUUAUGCUCAAUGUCACACAUGUUGUUGUGUAAACCAGCUAGCUUUCUAGCGUAAAUAUAGCUUUCUAUAUAAAGGCGUCAUGUAUAAAUUAAACUGUUUAUUAUUAAAUUAUACAAGGACUGCAGGGGGUUUCAUUUUAGGGGGUGGUCUGCAGCGAGCAGUAUGUACUAGCGCUGUCAGGUUGCAGGGGACAGCGGAAACAUCCAUUGCCACCGAAUCCAAUAAGUCUAACAGUUCAAAAGAGUUCAGUCACUAUCCUCCAUUACCGGGCCAAGACACUUCAUUGAGAUGGGGUGGGAAGAAGUUUGAGGAGUUGCCUAUUGCACACAUCAAAGCCACAUAUAAUAACACCCACAUCCAGGUGACUGACAGCGAGGGCCAGUACAUGGUUAGGACAUCCUGUGGCACAGAGGGCUUCAAGAAUGCAAGGAAGUCCACACCUAUUGCUGCUCAGACAGCAGGCAUCUCAGCUGCAGCGAAAGCCACAAUAAAAGGGGUCACGUUUGUCCGCGUAUCUGUGAAAGGUCUGGGCCCUGGACGCCUGUCUGCCAUCAAGGGUUUGUCAAUGGGAGGGCUGGAGGUGGUGUCCAUAACAGAUAACACCCCUGUGCCGCACAAUGGAUGCCGCCCACGCAAAGCCAGAAGAAUAUAAAUAUUACACACCACCUUGGCAGGGUGACAGGGGCCCAGUAAUCUGUCUUGUCAAAUUCUGAAUAAAGUGUUUUCUUAUGUUACUGCUUUCA